AUGAAAGACUUAUAUGAAAAGAAGUGCAAGAAGAUAUACUGGCUGAGGCCAUCAUAUAGUCGACGUCGUAAUAAUUAUGCUAUUAUUGCAUCUUGUAUUUUGUUGGUUCCAGUUGCGGUAUAUGCUUUCCUUUUCAUGUUCUUGAUUGAUACACGCUUCGACCUUUCUGUGUUUUCAGGUCAAUCAAUCUUGCAGUUAUUCGAAGCAAAAGAGGCUUAUGAUGAUCAUUUGCCUCUUGACUGCCUUAUAUGGAAUCAAACAUCAACUUGUCCAAAGUACUAUCCAACAAGUCACAAAAAUUUAGAUGGUAUAUCGGUCAAGACGUGUCCGGAUUACUUUCGUUGGAUCCAUGAAGAUCUACGUCAUUGGAGAGAUACAGGGAUCACACGAGAGAUGGUGGAGGUAGCUGGAAAGAGCGCACAUUUCAGGCUAGCAAUCGUUGAAGGAAAAGCAUAUAUAGAAAAAUUCAGAAAAUCAUUCCAGACUCGAGACUUGUUUACAAUGUGGGGGUUUCAACAAUUAUUAAGGCGGUAUCCGGGCAGGGUUCCUGAUCUUGAACUUAUGUUUGACUGUGGUGAUCGGCCUGUGUUAAACAUAAAGCCGUUUAGGGGGCCAAAUCCUGGACCUCCACCAUUGUUUAGUUAUUGCUCUGAUCCUUGGAGCUUGGAUAUUGUCAUGCCAGAUUGGUCCUUUUGGGGAUGGGCAGAAACAAAUCAAAAGCCAUGGGACAUUGCAUUGAAGGACAUUAAAGAAGGAAACAAGAGAGUGAAAUGGAAGGACAGGGAACCCUAUGCUUAUUGGAAGGGAAAUCCCAGUGUCUCCCCUAUCAGGAUGGACCUUCUCAAGUGCAACGUUAAUCACACUUCUCAUUUGGACUGGGAUACUCGUUUAUUUGUUCAGGAUUGGAAAAAGGAAUCUACGCACGGAUUCAAGCAAUCUAACGUCCAAGAUCAAUGUACCCACAGGUAUAAGAUAUACGUUGAAGGAUGGGGAUGGUCAGUGAGCGAGAAAUAUAUAUUGGCAUGUGAUUCGCCAACGUUAUACAUCACACUGCAUUACUACUCUUUCUUUGCUAGAGGGUUGGAACCACUCAAGCAUUUCUGGCCUAUUCGAGAAACCGACAAAUGUAAAUCUCUUAAGUUUGCUGUCGAGUGGGGCAACAAUCAUACUUCUAAGGCACAAGAGAUGGGUAAGGAGUCAAGCCGGUUCACACAAGAUGAUAUGAACAUGGAACACGUUUAUGAUUACAUGUUACACUUGUUGACGGAAUACGCUAAGCUCUUGAGGUUCAAACCCAGUGUCCCUACAAAUGCAAUGGAGCUAUGUUCCGAGUCCAUGGUAUGCUUAUCAAAUGGAAUCUGGAAGAAGUUCAUGGAGGAUUCACUUGUGCAACACCCUGCUAAAACAAACCCGUGUACUCUGCCCCCACCAUAUGACCCAACGACUAUUAAAGACAUUAUAGACAACAGAACAAGAACAAUUAGACAAGUUGAAAUGUGGGAAGAUGAAUACUGGAAGAAUCAACCCCCGAUUUGA